GUAGAAAACGCACUUGAGAUUGAAAAUCUAGAAAAAAAACCCAAGAGAUAACACUGUUACGUGUAUAAAGUCCGAGAAAACACGAGCAAAAGAGAGUGACGCAAUGACGACGGAGAACACCGUAACUGAAAACCCUAGCCAUGAACAACGACCAAAAGUGGUGGUUAUAACAGGCCCAACCGGUUCCGGAAAAUCAAAGCUAGCCGUUGAUUUGGCCUCACACUUUCCAAUCGAAGUAAUCAACGCCGAUUCCAUGCAAGUCUACAGUGGCCUCGAUAUUCUCACCAAUAAACUCCCCUUCUCUGAACAAAACGGAGUGCCGCAUCAUCUAUUGGGUACUGUAAACCCUAAUUUUGAAUUCACUGCCAAAGCUUUUCGUGAUUCUGCUAUCCCCAUCAUUGAUGACAUAUUGUCUAGGAACAACUUACCUGUUAUUGUUGGUGGUACUAAUUACUAUAUACAGGCUCUUGUGAGUUCGUUUCUGUUAGAUGAUUCAACAGAUGAUUUGAACGAAAGCUAUUUGGGUGACUCACCUGGUAUCACAGGGUAUGAUAAUGAUGUGUGUUCUGAAAAUGACAGUUCAAGCAACAGUUAUGAUUUUCUUAAAGAUAUUGAUCCAGUUGCAGCGAAUAGAAUCCAUCCAAAUAACCAUAGAAAGAUAAAUCAAUACAUUAGUUUGUACUCUCGAACUGGUGUUCUUCCCAGCAAAGUUUUUCAAGGACAGGCAGCAGAGAAGUGGGGUCAAGCUGAUGACUUAAGAUAUGAUUGUUGUUUUAUAAGUGUGGACGCAUCUCUCCCGGUACUGGACAGAUAUGUAGAGCAGAGGGUAGAUGAUAUGAUGGAUGCAGGGUUACUCAAUGAAGUCUAUGACAUUUAUAGUAUGAAUGCAGAUUAUACCAGAGGUUUGCGACAGGCCAUUGGUGUCCGUGAAUUUGAGGAUCUUCUACGGACUAGUGUUUUCAAAAACAUAAAUCAGAAAGAGGUGGAAUUAAUUGACAGAUCAAACUUAGAAAAUAGCGAGCCAUUGUUUCAUGGCAAUUUGCUGGUGUGGUUGAGAUCUUCCUCUGAUACUAAAUCCACAACUCUUUUGGAAGAAGCAAUUGAAAAAGUAAAGGUCAAUACCAGGAGACUUGUCCGCCGUCAGAAGAGGAUGCUCACUCGACUUCAAACAUUGUUUGGUUGGGACAUACACUAUGUUGAUUCCACAGAAUCAAUAUUGAGCAGAUCAAAUGAUGUAUGGAAUAGCCAAGUGGUUGAAUCUGCCACGAAGAUAGUGUCAUCUUUCCUAAGUGAGAAUCGUAGCUUGUCGUCGUCAAAUGGCAAUCGGACGAAAAUAAUCCAAAGGGACCUCUGGACUCAAUACACAUGCAAGGCCUGCAAUGACCGGGUUCUGAGAGGGUUACAUGAAUGGGAACAACACAUACGUGGGCGUGGGCACCGUAAACGUAUUUCUAGUCUCAAGAGCAAGGCAAAAGGUCUUAGUUUUGUGGAACAUACUCAUGAAUCUUCUGAGAAUCGAGCAUAGCCGUGCUUCUAGAUAUUUUAGAUUAUAUAUCAUCCUUUUUGUAACUUUUGAUGAUAUAGAAACAUAAUUAGAUUGAGGGGGAGUAGGAAAAAUAGAAAAAUCUUUGUUUUCUGAAUGUUAUUUAUGAACUCGGUUGCAAUAUUAAUUUAGAUUUUUGAAAGAA